AUGAUUAUUCAUGUUACUCAUUUACAGGGUUUCAAAUACUUUGCUCUUUACCUGCGUGGAAGAGAAGAGCUUAUUUGCCGUGUGCUAAAUGAACCUAUGGUUAGUGCUUUAACAAAACAAAUCUUUCAUAAUUGUUUUUUUUUUUUAAAUAAAUAAGUAAAUAAAUAAAUAGAUUAAUACAUAAAACAUUUAAUGAAAUCAAGGUUGUGAUCAAGAGGUCAAAAUGCCCUGAACCUACAAAAUGAAGGUGCCCAGCUUCUAUGGUUCAGAAAAUUCCAAGUAUGCCCAUCCCCCUCCAUCCUCAACUAGAGUUUAUACAUGCACAAUGUAGCUGCCAGGUCCCAUCAGGCAUGGUCAGAACACAGCCGUGAUUUUAAUUAAUAAUAUACAAUAGUAAUAAUACAAUAUCUGUUUUAUGGUCACUUCAUUCCAUGGUCAGAUUAUUCAUUCCAUUUCAUAGACCGUUCUACAGUUUUAGUGUAAAACUCAAUGUGAAGUGCACUUUUUUCUGCUUAUGGCUUAAAGAACGAGGUGUACACAUGCAUAUUGCCCUUUUUUUUAUAGACUUAUGAAAAGUUCUGACUAUAUUGUACAAUGUAAAUUGAUAUGACUAUUUACCCUUUAAAUUAAGCCCUAAGGGUGAUCAGUGUCAAAUUUCUCCUUGUAAUAUCAAUCCUUUGUAAAAGAGAGUGGUCAUGAGAAUUAGAGACAUGAUCACACAGGAUGAAUUUGCUUGAUAUUUUAAAAACUUCUCCCCACUGUUUAUCUAGGAAAUGAAUAGGGGCUACAAAUGAGAAUUCAAAUUUUGAUCUUUGGGUGUAAGGGGUUAAGUGGAACAAUCUGACUAGGAACAAUCUGACGAUGCCAGAACAAAGUGACUGGAUACCCAAUAUCUUACAUUUCUCAUCAUCAGUUUGCCCUUAAACCCUUUUAUUCCCAGCAACAUUUUGUGAAGGGUCUAAAAUCUAUGAUUUUUGCAAGUCCCCAGAAAUCUGGUCAUAUUAUGAUGCACCAACAUCUGAAAAGACAAGAUUAAAAGGAAGAUCUAGCUUUACCUUUGACAGCGGAGCAAAUUUACCCAGAAAUGAGUAAGUGUUAGAUGUCGUUGUUGUCAAUCAAGGCAUUGCAUUGAGACCUUUAGACAUGGUUCACACGAGCCUUGAAAAGCUUUUGAAAAUUGAAAAAGUGUGGGGUAUCCUUCAAAAGUCCUUAAAUUUUCCACAGAAGUGCUUGUAUAUUUUUGAAAGCUCCUUGAAUAAAAAUAACUUUCAUUAAAAAAAUUUUUUGCAUACAGGAAUUAUUGGAAGCACAGCAAUACAAAAAAAUUUUCUUGGUGAUCAUGAAAGUGUUUUCUUUAUAUGAUUUCGGUGUUCCCAUCAUAUUUCAUUUUCCGUCACUUGAAUUACCCUAGGAACUGUACCUUAAUGAAGGCAGGUAUUGCAGUAAUUAACCCCCCCACCUCCACCUAUGCAUUUGAAAGGUCUUUACUUCAUAUUAUCGGGGAAAAGAAGUCUUUGACAAAAUGAUUUACUCCUUGAAAAGUCCUUAAUUUUUCUAUGAACCAUGUUUAGAUUUAAGGAUGACUAUGAGGAUGAGAUUUUACUUUAAAUUAUUUUGCAAAUAUAUUUUUUAUUUAUUUAUUUUAUUGGUUCGAACGUCGCACUUCACAUGCAUUUAACUCUCACACUGAGUUCGGCACAUGUGAAAUUUGACGUUUAAACAGGGCCUUUAAACAUGUUUAUUGUAGUCAUUGCAAGUGCAGUGUAUGGAAGUCACAUUGAAACUUCACCAAACCAUUUUAAAGUAGUUGAUUGUUAUUUCUUUGGUACAGGAAGUCCUUGAUCAUGUCUACUAACACCCAAAAGAGGUAAUAGUUACUUGAAUGAAAUAUAUGCACUGUACAUUGUGCAAGUAAAAUGCACGUUCCUUGGCUCCUGUUGUAUUAUUUGUACAGGAUAUUGAGCGAUUUAUUUUGCACAGAAUAAAGCUCUUCUGUUUGAAAUUUUAUUUUAAUCAUAACCAUCAGUAAAAAUUAAUUAGAUUCAAGUUAAAAAUUGAAGGACUUAAAAUGAAAUUUCAAACAGUAAAUGAAAGCUGUUAACUUAAAUAGAUAUUUUAAACAAGUUAUAAUAAAGGAUCUUGUCAUAUUGUAAAUGAUUUUUUUUUUGGUGCUGAUCAAAACCUUGUUUAAACAUUGUUUAUAAAAACAUACCAGACAGAUAGGCUGUAUCACAGGGCUGUCAUUAAGUUUUUAAGCAGCUGUAGCAAAUGAAGAUUCACCCAUAACAUCUCAAGAAAAUAUUAUACAUGUUUUGUCACCUUUAGCUUUUCAAUUUGACCAUUCCUAACAUAAAGUUUGCUCGGCGAUAACUAGUGUUACGGACAGCUUAAUGACAGCUCUAACUCAGUACCCUUACACCCUUUUAUUAUUGGGACAGUGAUCUGAGUAAAGAAUGAGAAAUUGAUAAUAAAAAACUGAGGCACAUUUAUAAUGGUAAAAUUGAACUGAGUGCAGUUUAGUCCAAAAUCAUAUGCAUGAUUUCAAAAUCAAACGAGCGCACACCACAAGUUUUGAUUUGAAAUCACAAGUAUGAUUUACCAUGUAACAACUAGAAAUAGAGAGAUUUAGAAUAAUGUUACUGUAAACCAUAUAAUGGCAAAUGUCAGUUUGUUUGACAUGACCAAGUUUUUUCUUGUCAGUUCACUGUUCAUUAAUAUUACAUUUGCACAAAACAAUUUGCCAUUUGCGGUAAACCUGAUUCUGUAUCUCUCCAAUACUUUUCUGUAACACAGUUUAAGUGGCUAUGGCUUCAUGGACAUUGGUCUUCCUCCAGCGAGUCCUAGUGACAAAGAUAUUGAUUUAAAGGUAAAGUUGAGUUCAUAA